AUGGUGACUGAUUCUCAAAAGCACAUACUUGAACUAGACACAAGUCGCAUUUUAAAAGCUCGUAGCAUUCAAAGAAAUAGACUUGGAUUUUUUCAAGUUCCUUCUUUAAACCUCAAUGCAUCAUCCUACGUCGAUCUUAUUGACAGGCAGGAUAAAAUACCAGAACCAUCAAUAUCAAAACUGAUAUCCAAAGAAGAUAUCCAAAUGUUUAUGGCACAAGAAGAAGGAGACUUGCCACUACUACUUUUGACAUGCCACACUCAAGCAGUUGAAAGAGCAGUGAAGACUAUUACUGAGGCUUCAGCCAAGUUGAACAAAAAAAAAAUAUGA